AUUGCACUAUACUGGACAACCCGAGGCCUCACCCAUCACCGGCGUAGCGCUACUGGAUACCUGCUAUCUGAAUGCUGAAAUUAUAGGUGCCCUGAAGCAUUUGUCUCGAAGCCACAGGACACCGAUCCGGUUACAGCCUGGGGGAGAUACCUACCGGCGUAUUGACAGUUUAUGGAAACGCCCAUAUAUAAGGACACCUGCUCUCAACAGACAGUCAACCAGUUCACAUCGCUAACCAGGUUGGAUUUAUCAACAACCCCUCUGUCAAGAACUGUAUGAACGACUAACUUCAACCGCCCCAUUCAUUGACAGCACAGGCAUCAAACUUGAACUGCUAUUUUUCCCUGGCUACGCCGACCUGACGGGGAUUACGCUGGCUCUUCUUUCGAAAGACACUGCGUCUCUCAAGAUAGAUUUAUCGGUGCGUCCUUCCAAGCCGAUUACUCAGCAUUUGAACCAGUCAGUGUGUAGAGAAAGCUAUCUCACGUUAUCCCUUCAGGCGAACAGUCUGCCUGCUCUGCGCCGGGUCGCUUCGUUGCUGUGAGAUUGAAACUAGGCUACUAGCUCUACCCUGUUUGUCCGUCUGAAGUGAAUCGAACAUCGACUAGACACGAUGAUGCAAAUCACGGAUUCCUACAACCAAAAGAACUCGUUGUUCAACGCCAUGAACCGCUUCAUAGGCGCUGUGAAUAACAUGGAUCAGACUGUAAUGGUCCCCAGUCUACUCAGGGACGUGCCACUGGAAGAGGAGAAGGAUGUUAACCCGUUACGGACCACGACUAAUGGCUCUGCCACUUACUAUGAAGACGCGGACAUGUAUGGUGAUUACGUUGCGUUGAAGUCCAUCCGAAACGACAUCGAGUGGGGAGUUGUACAGAUGGAAGAGAGGCGAAAAGAGAAACUUGGCGUCGGCGCUUUGGAGACUACUCGAGUGGAAGCAGGAGAGGAGGACUUGGAAAAGCUGUUUCAUUUCCAUUUGAAUGGACUGCACACUGUUCUGUCCCAGCUCACGCGCAAAGCGAACACUCUCACGAACAGAUACAAGCAAGAAAUUGGAAUAGGUGGUUGCGGACUGUAGGCGGCCAGUUCACCCCUUUUCUGGCGAGCUUUCUGCGGUGCUGAGAUAACCAAAGAAUAACAACGCGAUGAAAGUUGGGUGAAAGCACGGGGGGCGGCCUGUCCUGGUGGUUCUUUAAGAAUCUUUGUUCCUUGGAUUGGGAAGAGAAAUGUACUUGACAUGAAUGCUCUACACUGGUGUCCUUUGACGUGUUUAUUUUUUUAUUUUAUUGUUUUCCCUCCAACCCUGAUGUUUGCUGUUGGCACAAUGAGUUGGCAUGGAUGCCGAUACAUAAAUAUAUAAAUGGUUGAAAAGUAAUAAUAUAUGCAAUAUAUUAUAGGCUAUGCUGUGGUUGUGUGUGUGUGUAACAGCCUAUUGUGUGGGCAGCAGGCUUUAGCAUAAAACUUGUGCAGAGACAGUUUGUCUUUAAGUGGUUACAAAGUAAUAGGCUGGCUUUAUUUUUCCGAGAUUACAAUGUAGGCCUAAUGCUUGGCCUUUAAAAUGGCUUUGAAUAAUCUAUGAAAUGGAAUCGAAUGAUGUUUCUAUACUGUCAAGUAAUUAGAAGGGACUGAUUCCAUGAGAUUACUGUGAAGUUUUGUGUUGCUUAUUGUGUAACCAUGUAAAUGCAAUGUUUGGGUUUUUUUCUACUGAGAUGCUGGUCCAUAAAAUAAACAUUUCUUUUGUUAGUA